AGCUUUUCAGAGCGCGUCUCGGCUGCACACUUCCACUGACGCUGAAAGUUCGCUCAGAAUGCGGCCUACAUUUUCCCGCCUAGUUAGAGUGAUACCUCGAAGCUCACUUCCGCCCAAACAAGCCGUCCGGACUGUCCCUGAACCCAUGCGCUCCGACGUCAAGCAGCCAACUCUCAUCCAGAUUCUGUUGGAGAGGCAGGCCGCGGCAGGCGAUAGCUACCCAUCAAACAUUCGUAUUGAACCAGAGCUCACAAGGGCGACGUUUAAAGGCGUGAAGCCGGAGGUCAAGCGGGAGCUGCUGAAAGUGGUGAGGGAGCAAUGAGUCGCACAGUGCAUUGCCGUUCGCAUAUCCGAGCCGCAGUCAUGCACGCGGUGUGCAUCGGUGCAAUAUCGAAG